AUGUCCGACCAAGGCGCAGGCGCGGGCUCUCCUUCCCCUGUGGCGCCUAGUCUACAGCUAAAAGAACGCGAGAAAGAGAUUCUCGAGCGCCAAAUACACACUUCGGAAUCGAACAGCAGCCGCUUAAAGCUUUUGUACACAUGUGCAACAACCUAUGAAUUAUUCGCUCUCAUAAUCAGCUCAAUUGCAGCGAUUGUUGGAGGGGCUCUUCAGCCCAUAUCUUUUGAGUUCUUUCUGGGAACUUCUUCCGGCUCUCACCUUUCAUCUCUUGUUGCAAGAUUCGCCUUGUAUUAUGUAUACAUCGCCAUUGGACAGUUUGUUUCGGUAUACAUCUCGACCGCUGGAUUCAUGAUAGGAGGGGAAAGUAUAACUCAGCGACUUCGCGAGAAAUAUCUUGCCGCUAUCCUCCGCCAAAACAUGGCAUUUUUUGAUGUCCUGGGGGCUGGAGAAAUCACAACCAGAAUUACUGCUGAUAUGAAUCUGAUCCAGGAUUCUUUGACGGGCAAGCUUUCUCUGACUUUGUACUCCUGUUCCAAUUUUGGGACGGCUUUCAUCAUCAGCUUUGUGAAAAGCUGGCGCAUGGCUCUUAUUCUGAUAUCCGCAAUCGUGGCAGAAACUGGAUCUAUGAGUGUAUGCUCUUCGUUCAUGGUCAAGUAUACUCACAUGUCUUUAUCAGCAUAUGGAGACGGAUCGACAGCUGCCGAAGAGGCCAUCAGCUCAAUCAAGCACGUCACUGCAUUUGGGAUCCAGGACAAGCUGGCCGAUCGGUAUCAGAAGUUUCUGACCAAGGCAGAGGCUUAUGGUCUGAGAAGUCGCAUUGCCCUUGCGAUCAUGAUGGCCAUAAUGAAUGGUGUCAUAUUCCUAACCUACGGACUGACAUUUUGGCAAGGGUCUCGCUACCUUGUCGUUGGGGAUAUUGAAUUAGGGGCUCUUAUAACUAUUCUUCUUGCUACGCUGACCGGAGCGUUCACGUUUGGUAAUAUAUCACCCAAUUUCCAAGCGUUUGCAACGGGCGUGGCAGCAACCGGAAAGAUUCUUUCAACUGUGUCCAGGGAGUCACCACUGGAUCCAUCCUCCUCCACUGGAAACAAGCUACAAGCUGUGUCAGGGACAAUAGAACUCAAAGAAAUUCGGCACGUUUAUCCCUCUAGACCAGACAUACUGACUUUAGAUGGGAUAAAUCUUAUAUUUGCAGCUGGAAAGACCACUGCCAUCGUGGGUGCUUCUGGGUGUGGGAAAAGUACAUUGGCAGGUCUGAUUGAAAGGUUUUACGAGCCAAUAAGUGGCCAAAUAUUGCUCGAUGACCACGACAUCACGUCCUUAAACUUGCAAUGGUUACGCCAACAAAUAGCGAUUGUCACACAAGAGCCCACACUCUUCGCUACAACUGUAUUCGAAAACAUCAGAUUUGGUCUGAUCGGCACCGAAUACGAAAAUUUCCCCCAUAGUGUGUUGGAAAAACUUGUGUUUGACGCUGCAAAGAAAGCGAACUGUUUUGAAUUCAUUUCCACCUUACCGGAAGGAUUCCAUACCAGUGUUGGUCAAAUGGGCUCAUUACUCUCGGGUGGACAAAAACAGCGAGUUGCCAUUGCAAGGGCUAUUAUUGGCAAUCCCAAGGUCUUGCUGCUGGAUGAGGCUACUUCAGCUCUAGAUGCCCAGGCCGAACGGCUGGUACAGGCGGCGCUUGAUGUUGCCGCUAAAGGUCGGACAACGAUCACAAUCAGCCACCGACUAUCCACCAUCACAGCCGCGGACAACAUUGUUGUCAUUUCUCACGGACGUGUUGUUGAGCAAGGAACCCACAACGAGCUGCUUGAGAAACGAUCGAUGUAUUACGAGUUAGUGGAGAAGCAGCGCAUGUCGACUGAAAGGAGUAUCGUCACCCGCGAAGCAAAUUCACCUCUCGACCUAGGUUCCAAGCUUCCUGACUUGGAAGAUGAGGUCAAUGAGUCUAAUAAGUACAUGUAUGAUAUAGAGCGGCAUCGGGGAACCAAAGACCCCGAGAGAGGCUUAGAGGGGGAGUCUGGUGGCUGUGAAUAUCCCUUAUGGACGUUGAUUAAGUUUGUCGCCAACUUCAACAAGGAAGAGACGGUUACCAUGGUUUGUGGUCUGCUUUUCUCAAUCAUCACAGGCGCCGGAAAUCCCACACAGGCUGUGUUCUACGGUAAGACAAUUGCAGCGAUGUCGUUACCCCCUAACAUGUAUGGGAGGUUACGCCAUGAUGUCAACUUCUGGAGUGCGAUGUAUCUGAUGCUGGGAGGUACUGCAUUCCUGGGCUGGGGAGCAUCGGGUCUCUGUUUCGCCUACUGCUCCGAGCGCCUGAUUCACCGUGCCAGAGAUCGUUCUUUCCGAGCAAUUCUCCAUCAAGAUAUUUCCAUGUUCGACAAAGCUGGUUUCUCGGCCGGUUCGCUUACAUCCUCGUUAUCCAUGGAUGCAACCAAUCUUGCGGGCAUGAGUGGUGUGACACUAGGGUCUAUCUUCAUUGUCUCAACGACUUUGAUUGCCGGCAUUGCUGUAUCAAUUGCGAUAGGUUGGAAGCUGGGUCUCGUUUGUACCGCAACCAUUCCAAUUGUUCUUACUUGUGGUCUCGUCCGACUCAAGAUCCUUGGUGAGAUAGCUCGACAGUCGAAGGGUGUAUAUGCAGCUUCAGCAACUUAUGCAUGUGAGGCAAGUUCUGCCAUCAAGACGGUUGCAUCAUUGAAUCUCGAAAGCCAUGUACUGGAAGAGUAUCAUAACAUAUUGGAAGCACAACGACAAAAGUCGAUUGUUUCAACGCUGAAAUCGUCAACAUUUUAUGCAGCCUCACAGUCAGCCAACUUUCUCUGCAUUGCGCUAGCCUUUUGGUAUGGGGGAAGUCUCAUCAUCCACGAAGGCUAUUCAAUGGUGCAGUUUUUCAUCGCUUAUGCAGCUAUUGUCGUAGGCGCAUUCAGCGCCGGCGCCAUUUUCUCCUUCGCGCCAGAUAUGAGCAAAUCUCGCCAGGCAGCCCAGGAUAUCAAAAGGUUGUUGGACAGACCUGUCAACAUUGAUGCCCGUCAAGAAACUGGCGAACUAUUAACCAAAGUUGAUGGCAGCUUGGAAAUGCGAAAUAUCUAUUUCCGAUACCCCAACAGACUGGAGAGGGUGGUUGUUAACGGCCUCAGCUUGAGUAUUCAACCAGGACAAUACAUAGGUCUUGUGGGGGCGAGCGGGUGUGGGAAGAGCACUCUCAUUGCCUUGCUGGAGCGGUUCUUUGAUCCUGAAAAGGGGCAGAUCUUGGUCGAUGGGAAAGAUAUUUCGAAGUUGAAUGUCAAAAGCUACCGGAGUCACCUCGCGCUCGUUAGCCAAGAACCGACCCUGUAUCAAGGAACCAUAAGGGAGAAUAUUACCCUGGGUACUGACGACGAGGAUGUUUCCGAGGAGAGAAUCACCAAAGCAUGCAAGGAUGCCAAUAUCUACGAUUUCAUUCAAUCUCUGCCUGAUGGUUUCUCGACGCUUAUAGGAGCGAGGGGCGGCAUGCUCUCUGGCGGGCAGCAACAACGAAUAGCCAUCGCGCGCGCGCUUCUUCGCGAUCCACGUAUCCUCCUCCUAGAUGAGGCCACUUCUGCACUCGACUCUGAGUCUGAAAAGGUUGUCCAGGAUGCUUUGAAUGCGGCGGCUCAAGGCCGAACGACGGUCGCUGUUGCGCAUCGGAUAAGCACGGUGCAGAAGGCCGAUUGUAUUUAUGUGCUGCAUGAAGGCAAUGUUGUGGAGCAGGGGACGCACAAAGAGUUGAUGCAGCUUGGAGGGAGAAAGCGCUUGUAA